GCCCACCUACCUAGAGAUCAGUUACCGACAGCAGCUCCCGUUCUAGGCGAUAUUUGAAUCAGCUGGGCAAUAGAACCUCGAGGAAACAAGUCAUCUUUGUAAAGAAAAGAGCUCCAGGACCAGGGUCGAGAUGGAUGUGUUCAUGAAAGGGUUGUCCAAAGCUAAAGACGGCAUGGCGAUGGCCGCGGAGAAGACUAAGGAGGGAGCUGCGAUGGCGGCGGAAAAGACUAAGGAAGGCGCCAUGUUUAUCGGCACCAAGGCCAAAGAUGGUGUUGGUUCAGCGAAGGACCUUGCUGGUGGAGCCAUGGGGAAUAUCGCUGCUGCCACCGGCCUGGGGAAGAAGGACGAGUUCCCAUCUGACAUGAACCCUGAGGAGUAUGGGCAGGAGGCCAUGGAAGGAGAGCCACAGGGAGAUCAGCAGGAGGGAGAGACAUAUGACGAGAACCAGCAGGAGCAGGGCCAGGACUACGAACAAGAAGCAUAAAAACCAUCACUGCAAAUCUCCAUCCAACCAGCAGCACAAUUUAUUACAACAAAAAGGACAAACGCCGAAAGUACCACAAUAAUACAAAUCUAAUCCUGUUGAAAAAAAAAAAAACACAAAAAGAAA